GUCCCUGGAAGCCUACAUCCUUGCCUCCACAGAGGCAUAAAGCCACAGCCUGACCUGGUGAGGGACAGUCAUUCUCUCAGCCCACAGACCCAGAGGGCUCCUGACCUUUACCCAAGACCCAGCUGCCAGACAGGACCCAGCACUGCUCCCUGAGACAAUGACCAUGUUUGAAAAUGUCACCCGGGCCCUGACCAGACAACUAAACCCUCGAGGGGACCUGACACCCCUGGACAGCCUCAUAGACUUCAAGCGCUUCCAUCCCUUCUGCCUGGUCCUGAGGAAGCGGAAGAGCACCCUCUUCUGGGGUGCCCGGUAUAUCCGCACCGACUACACCUUCCUGGACAUUCUCGAACCUGGCAGCUCUCCUUCAGACCCAACAGAUUCCGGGAACUUUGGCUUUAAGAAUAUGUUGGACGCCCGAGUGGAGGGAGAGGUGGACGUGCCAAAGACAGUCAAGGUGAAGGGGACAGCUGGCCUGUCCCAGAACAGCACCCUGGAGGUCCAGACCCUCAGUGUGGCACCCAAGGCUCUAGAGACCUUGCACCAGGAGCGGAAGCUGAUGGCAGAGCACCCGUUCCUGGAGGAGAUGCGAAGGCGAGGAGAGAACCUGUUCGUGGUGAUGGAAGUAGUGGAGGCCGUGCAGGAGGUGACCCUGGAGAGAGCUGGCAGGGCCGAAGGCUGCUUCUCCCUCCCGUUCUUUGCCCCGUUGGGGUUACAGGGAUCCGUAAACCACAAGGAGGCUGUUACCAUCCCCAAGGGCUGCAUCCUGGCAUUUCGAGUGAGACAGCUGAUGGUCAAAGGCAAAGAUGAGUGGGAUAUCCCACACAUCUACAAUGAUAACAUGCACACCUUCCCUCCCGGAGUUAUCCAGGCAUCUGAUGUUGGGGCGGUACACGAGGACUUCAGGACCCUAAAAGAAGAGGUUCAAAGGGAGACCCAGGAAGUGGAGAAACUGAGCCUGGAAGGGAAGAGCUCCCUGCUCAGCUCCCUCAGCAAACUCCUAGGGAAGAAAAAGGAGCUACAAGACCUGGAGCUGACGCUUGAAGAAGCUUUAGGCAAAGGACAUGAAGAGACCCUGGAGGCACUCCCAAAGAAUGUCCUGCUAUCAAAGGGGGCUAUGGACGCCAUCCUCUAUUUCCUUGGAGCCCUAGCAGAGCUAAGUGAAGCCCAACAGAAGCUGCUGGUAAAAUCCAUGGAGAAAAAGAUCCUACCAGUGCAGCUAAAGCUGGUGGAGAGCACAAUGGAACAGAAUUUCCUCCAGGAUAAAGAGGGUGUAUUCCCUCUGCGACCUGAGCUGCUUUCCUCCCUUGGGGAAGAGGAACUGACCCUCACAGAGGCCCUAGUGGGGCUGAGUGGCCUGGAAGUGCAGAGAUCCGGCCCCCAGUACACAUGGGACCCAGACACCCUCCCCCGCCUCUGUGCCCUGUACGCUGGCCUCUCCCUCCUGCAGCUACUGACCAAGGCCUCCUAACUUGCCUUUUCCACUCAACUCCUGCUUCCUUAAUGCCUUCCCUACCUCACUGUACCCUGUGUGAACACCCAAGGGCAUUUCAGAACCACCAGGCUAAGGAUAAUGGAAACUGUAGCUGAUCACUCAAUUCCCACUUGUCCAACUCUGUACAUCCCCCAUCCCUAUUGCUCCACAGCCCAUCCACAGAUGCUUAAAUUCUCUAAUAGAGUAAACACUCAAAGUUGAAAAACUAUGAACCAUUUCAGCAAAUCCCAAAUUAAUUAAUUAAUUUCCUAUCCCAACCCCUCCCACUUAUGAUUCCCAAAAUCAAACUUUACUGGAAUUGAUGAAAAAAACAUUAUUUUACUUUGA